AGCGCUCGCACGCUCGAUAUAUCUGCUGCUCUCCUCCCCGAGCCGUAGCCUCCUCCUCUUCCCUCAAGAACUGUACCACCACGCCAUCGCCAUUGAUUGAACAGGGAGAGGCAAGGAAGGGGUCAAUAGGCGCUGCUGCUUCUUGUUUGCCGGAUCCGCGGUGGCUGCGCUCGCCGGCGGGGAAGAGGGGACGCGGGCGGCGCGCCUCCAGUCUUUCUUCACCUCCGUGCUCUCCGGGCUCUUCGGCCAGGGCGAGGACGAGCUAGAGAUGGCCACGCGCAACCACAAUGCCGCCGCCGCCGCUGCCGCUCCGCAGCUUCAUCACAACCGAGGCGGUGUUCCCGCUCUGGGAAAGCAGAAAGCCGUCGCGGCUGGCCGUGCUGACGCCAUGAACCGGCGAGCCCCCCUGGGCGACAUCGGCAACUACGUCAGCGUCCGCGCAACCGACGGGAAGCCGGAGCCUCAGGAGCAGGUCAACCGCCCCGUCACGAGGAGCUUCGGUGCUCAACUCGUGAAGAACGCGCAGGCGAAUGCCGCCGCAAACAAGCAGAAUGCCGCAAUUGCACCUGCGAGGCCUGCGCCGAGGCUGGAGAGGAAGGCACCUGCCAAGCCGCCGCCUCCUGAACAUGUCAUAGAGAUCAGCUCUGACUCUGACCAGAGCAAGACGCAGUCCGAGAGCAGCGCCAGCUCCGUCCGUUCGAGGAAGAAGGUCAUCAACACCCUUACAUCUGUUCUCUCGGCUCGCUCAAAGGCUGCCUGUGGAAUCGCUGAUAAGCCUCGACAAGCGAUAGAAGACAUUGACAAGUUGGACGUCAACAAUGAGCUCGCGGUCGUUGACUACAUUGAGGACAUCUACGCCUUUUACAAGACUGCUCAGCAUGAGAGCCGGCCACGUGACUACAUUGAUGCCCAGGUGGAGAUCAACUCCAAGAUGAGGGCUAUCCUGGCAGACUGGAUAAUUGAAGUACACCACAAGUUUGAACUGAUGCCCGAGACUCUCUACUUGACUAUGUACAUCAUCGACCAAUACCUCUCACUACAACCAGUCCUGCGAAGGGAACUGCAGCUUGUGGGCGUUUCAGCCAUGCUGAUCGCCUGCAAAUACGAGGAGAUUUGGGCCCCUGAGGUGAAUGAUUUCAUCCUGAUAUCAGAUAGUGCAUACACCAGGGAGCAGAUUCUUUCUAUGGAGAAGGGAAUACUAAAUAGGCUUGAGUGGAACUUAACUGUCCCUACAUCUUACAUGUUCCUCGUUCGCUUUCUCAAGGCAGCGUCUCCGGGUAUCAAAAUUGAUAAAGAGAUGGAGAACAUGGUCUUCUUCUUUGCGGAGUUAUCGCUGAUGCAAUAUGGCUUGGUGACACACCUGCCUUCAAUGGUUGCUGCCUCUGCUGUCUAUGCAGCAAGGCUUACUCUUAAGAAGUCUCCACUUUGGACUGACACGCUCGAGCACCACACAGGCUUCAGAGAGUCAGAGCUAAUGGAAUGCACAAAAAUGCUGGUGAGCGCACACUUGACUGCCCCGGAGAGCAAGUUGAGGGUCGUCUACAAGAAGUAUUCCUCCGAGCAGUUUGGAGGGGUUGCACUACGUCCACCGGCAGUGGAGAUCUGCAAAUAAACGAAGAUGAUGAUAACCUCGUCCAGUAUUUGUGUUUGCUUUUGGUUUCAAGAGUGUAAUGGAAGGCGAGUCUGACAUUCGCUAGGCUUUUUAUGUUUGCUUGUUUGGAGUCAAGAAAGUUUGAACACUUGAGACAGUCGUUUGUUUGCUAGGCUGUUCUCACUUCUCAGAGAUGAGUCAGGAGCGUUAUCUGACUUGUGAUGGCGAUUAGGAUUCGGAUGUUCUGCCCCAUCUGAUGGAUACACCUUGGUGUAUAUACUUGUCGUUGGAAUUUAUCGAUAACCAGUUAUUCAUAAAUAUGAAUGAGGAAUCGGAUGUUUGCUGAUUUGGAA